AUGUAUAAUACAAUAAGAGAUGAUAAAGAUGGUGAUCAUUCAGGUGUGUCAGUUUCAUCACAUCCUUCUCCUCUGCCAAUAUCAAAUGUAACUCCUUUAAGAAAAGAAAAUAAUAAAAGAUUUGGUAUAAAAGAAGAUAAAUAUCCAAGUCCGGGUGCUUAUUUUCCUAUGAAAAAUAAUUCAAUGGGGACUCAUAAAAGGCCAAUAUUUUUGUCGGCUUCAAACAGGCGAUUACAUGACCCUCCAACAGUUGAUACCUCUCGACCUGAACGUAACACGCCAAGUCGUAUGACAAAAAUGGAAGGUUGGCCUUCUUCGCCACGUCGGAUGCAAAUGGUAAGCCCACGUUUUAAAUCUUUAUCUGAUUUGAUGGAAGGUCCGGAAGGUUCGGAACAACAGUCUUCCGAAGAUUCAGAUAUGAAUGUGAAUCCAUUUAGAAUGCAUCGUCCAAUUACGUCCUCUGGUCGAAGAUCAUUUAGUAAUACAAAAAAACUUUUCGUUUAUGAAAACAUUGGUGAUGAUAGUGUUUCUGAAACCUCAGAUCAAGAUUCUACAAAAGGCCAUAAUGAAAAAAGAUUAUCUUUUACAUCAAAUUUAGGGGAAAUUAUACAACCACUAUCAUCACUAAGAUCUCAACAAAAACCACCUGAAUUAAAUAAAAGUUCAUAUGUUCGCAAGACGCGAACAUUAGGGUUAGAUUUAUUUUCUACAAAAGAUAAAUCUUCCGUUGAUGAACAAAAAACUGAUACCGUGAGAAGAUCAAUUGCUUCACGUUUAUUUCCCUCAAUUCAAUCAAGACGAACAACUCCUCAAAUGUUAACAGUAAGAACUCCAUUACCGAUGUUAUCAGAAACGGAAGAUGAUGAGGAAGAGGACCAUGAUUUAACUGAUAGUACAAAUGAUCAUAAUCCUCAAUUACCUUCUUCAGAUAAUUCAGAUAUUUCACCUGUACCUGCCACACCUAUAACAACACCUUUAACUCCAACUACUGUUAAAUCAAUGGUACAUUCAUGGCGUUGGCCAAAAAGACCUUUUAGUCCCGCUCGAGAAAAAAAAGAAAUUGAACAAAUUAAAUCAGCUGAUAAUCCGGCAGAUCAUAUCGGGAAAGUAGGAAAUAAUAUAUGGGCUAAAAAGACUUUAGGACAAUUACGAAAAUAUCAUCAACGCCAUAGUCCAAGUAUGUUAACUAAAGGAUUUGGAUUAGCAAGUCCUUUAAAAGAAUCAAGUCCAUUAUUAUCACCUGUAAAAGUAGAUUUAACUGAUUCAGGAGCAGAUGACAAAUCACCUAGAUCACCAACAAUAAUAGCUCCUAAAAUGAUUGAAGAAUCAGAGGAACCUCAGGGUAUGAAGGUUUCUCCUGAACAUUUGACCGUAGUAGGAGGACCAUCAGUUAAUAAUAAUAGAGAGAGUCCAAAUGCUUCAACUACCUCUCUUACAUUAAGAUCUAACCCAAGUAUUUCAUCAUUAGCCAAACACAAUGCUAAGCCAUUAUAUGAAACUACAUUUACGAUUUCUAAUAUUACCGAAGCACCUCUUCGAUUUGAAAUUCUUUGGCCAGCAUUUAGAUUUGAUGUUUCUCCAGCUUAUGGAAUUGUCAAACCCCAAAGUGUUGAAGUUGUAAAAGUGUCAGUUAUGAAUAAACAUAUUUUGGCUGGAUCACGACGUGAUGAGACUAGAGAUUCUCGAAAAUUCAUGGGAAUUCUUAAUAAUAAAGGAUCAGAAAAAACUGAAGUUGAUAAACCAUUAAUGGGUAGAACUAGGAUUAUUGUACUUUGUGAAAAUGGUGAAAGAAAAGAAGUUAUAGUUGAUAUUGUUCAAAUAAAAAAGAAGACCAAAGGAGAGAUUGAAAAUUUACGUUCAAAAAAUACCAAAGAAGUUGAAGAUGGAAAUUUCAUACGAAGAAUUGGUAAAUCAAGUGGUAGAAGUUUUUCAAGAACUGUUGACGAUUUAAUUAAAGCAGCUAAAGCCAGAACUAGAAAAUCGACCCCUAAACAAGAAAGACUACCAAGAUCACCAUCCAAUAGUAAUCUCAAAGGAAAAUCCUCUAUAAAUAAAGCUACAGGUUCAUCCAGUAAACCUGCAAGUGCACCUGCUCUUAGAAGAAGUGCUUCAAGUGGACCUACCAGUAGACCUAGUAGUCCUGAAAGUUCUAAUAAACAUUAUAAUUCUCCUAAACGAAAACAUACAACUGCAUCGUCGUCAUCAUCAAGUCGACCUAAUACACCGGAUAUAUAUAGAUCACAAAAUGAACGUAAUAAAAGAAAUAUGUCACCAUCGUCUGUUAGUCGUUCACGGACUCCUGAUGAAUCUAAACAAGUAAAACAUCUUCCUCAACGAAAAAAUUUCAUUUAUAUUGGAACACCUGGUAGUGUAAAUUGUCCGGAUACUACAGUUCGAGAAGAAAAUCAUAGUGUAUUUCGUAUUCAUAACCCUACAAAUAAACCAGUUACAUGGCAUCUUACAACAGCUACAAACCCUUUUCUUCGUCGAUCUGAUUCAGCUAAUUCUUCACAAAAGAUAAAUGAAGAAGUUUUUUUGAUAAUGAAAACAAGUGGAUUACUUCGAGCUGGUACUACGGAAAAAGUUGUUAUAAGUUUUCGACCUACGUUUGUUGGAACUUAUUCUCAAAGCUUUAAUCUAGAAGAUUCAUCAAGUUCAGAAACUUCAGGAGGGUUAGGAGGAGUAAGUGUUCGAAUACAAGGAGAAGGAAAAAUUGAUUCUCCUAAUCAAAAUAAAUCAUCAGAUUCAAGGAGGCACGGUAGUGGUUCUAAUAAAGCAAUAGAUUUUGAAGUUUCCGAAACCAAAAUUCAAAUACCUGCAACUAGAAUAAGUAGGAGAAGAUCAGUAGGAAUAAAGAUAAAUAAUCCAACAAAUCAACUUAUAAGAAUAAAAUGUAAAUGUGAAGUAGGAGGUACAUCUUCAAAUUCCAAUUCAGCAAUAUCUAUACCUUUAUCUAGUGUUCAAAUCAAACCACGGGCAUUUGUUUUAUUACCUGUACGUUUUUCACCUAAAGAAAUAGGAGAAGUUCGAGGAAUUGUUAAAUUACAAGCAGUUGGAAGAAGCGAAGUUCAAGUGGAAAUUAAUGCUGAGGGAGUGAUGGAUGCAUCAUCAUCAACAACCGAGAUAUAA